CAAUUUUUCCAACAGUAAAUUGAAUUUUAUGAUAAAAUGUCAAUCAAAUUGUGAUUUUCGAAAAAAAAAGCAGAUUUCAUGCUAAUUUAAUUAUCAAAAUCCUCUGUAAAAAUAACAAUCAUGGACUUUUCCGGACAUGGUUGUGGAUGUGAGACACAAGAUAGCGACAACAAGGGGCUUUGUUAUGUGGAAGGAAUAGUCAAGGAUUACACUGGUCAAGACUUGCAUGAAAACGUUUGGUUUUCAAUGAAACCCCCAAAGCACGUUGGAGCCUCCUCUAACCCUCAAGUUUCUGCAAGGACUGUAGAGGUCACUAGAGCCGAGUUGACAGGAAAAGCCAACAUUUACAAGUCUCUUUAUGAAACCUCACCAAGAGUUGGAGAAGACAAACAUAACAAAGUGAACAUACAGAAGAGGAAAGCUGGAGUUAGUUUCGUCAAGAAGAGAGGCGAAUAAUCAAGACGAUGAAUAAUUGAGAAAGCAGAUAUUGAUGUAUAAAUACUUACCACGUAGAAUAAAAGCAUAAUAUUCAGUUCAAUAAAAAUUCGUAUCUUGUGAAAUGUUCGAAUUCCACCAAAACCACUCAAUAUAAUGAUUAUUGUCACA